GGAACCCAACUGGCAAGAUGUCGAGGCUUGGAAUAGUAUACCUUCUGCUGCUGCUGCAGGUGGCGCUCAAUUCUGGCAAGCCCCUGCCAGCGGGCGUCUAUGAUCCGGAGGAGGCAGCUGGCUUUGUGGAGGGAGAUAUGAUGCUGACGGAGGAGCAGCAAAGGAGCCUGGAGCACGGUGCUCCCAUGGCCCGCAAUGGCCUCAUCAAUACGGAGAAGAGAUGGCCCGGCAAUGUGGUGGUCUACAGGAUCUCGGAUGACUUUGAUGCGGCGCACAAGAGGGCCAUCCAGAGUGGCAUCGACACCUUGGAGCAGAACACCUGUCUGAGGUUCAGGGAAGCCACCGACGAGGAUACGGCCUACCUGACCGUUACGGCCAAGUCGGGAGGCUGCUACACAGCGGUGGGUUACCAGGCAAAGCCGCAGGAAAUGAAUCUGGAGAUAUAUCCGCUGGGCGAAGGAUGUUUCAGGACUGGCACCAUCCUGCACGAGUUCAUGCACGCCCUGGGAUUCUAUCACCAGCAGAGCUCGGCCAUCAGAGAUGAUUAUAUAAACGUGGUCUACGACAACAUAGUGCCCGGCAAGGAGUUCAAUUUCCAGAAGUAUGCCGACACAGUGGUGACCGACUUUGAAAUGGGCUACGACUACGACAGCUGUUUGCAUUACCGGCCAGGAGCCUUCUCCAUCAACGGCGAGGACACCAUAGUGCCAUUGGACGCCACGGCGAAAAUUGGCCAGCGAGUGGGUCUCAGCUCAAAGGACAUUGAUAAGAUCAACAUUAUGUACAAGUGCCCCAUUCUGCUGUGAUCCGGAAUAGGUUAGACUAUGUACUAGUCAAUUGUGAUAUAUAUAGUUAUAAUUUUCAGCCACCGACUGAGGCGGUUAGAUCGGUUUUAUUGAUCUACGCUAUCAUUGUCAGUGCGGUCUGUACUAUUUUUAGAGAAGCGUAAAUUAAAGCCAUAUUCCUGUA